UCGUCACUCUCUGAAAAGCUUUUGAACAGCUCAGUUCUCUCGGAUCCAUACAAAGAUCAGCAGAAACAUAACAACAUGAAAGGCUCCAUCACCCUCCUCCUGCUGUGUUGUAUUAAAAUCAUGGCUGCACCACUAUAUGGAGCUGACGGGAUGAGCAGCACUACAGACUCAGGGUCCAGCACUGAUGGAGAUCCUACUGCAAUUGCUACAACAGAGCUGUCAUCAGUGAGCACCACAAAUACAGUUUUGUCCACACGUAUUCCCACCCAACUAUCUGAAGGCAGCACCUCGUCCACCACUGACUCACACACAACUGUGUCUCAUACUGCUGCAGCCUCAGUCCACACACCACCACAGUCCACCACCAGCUCCCCAGUGGUAUGGCUGUUUGAUAGGAAAUCGGGUUUCAUAAUCCUCACGGUGACUGGGAGUCUGAUUAUCCUCUGCACUCUUUUGCUGGUUUCUACUGUGACGCUGGCAUGCAAGGUGUGCCACUUGAGGAGACAGGUCAACAACAGCGCCGAUCUGAUUAGCAACCACGAAUACUGGAUGGGCACUGCGCAGAGGAACGGAGGGAAGUCUGAGACAGACGUCAGAGAGAGCACCAUCCUGCUGAGCCAGUUCACUCAAGCAGAGGAGGACAUAACCACCAGUGCAGCCAAGGAAGAUGGAGAGAAAGAAAAAGAGGCUGGGAAACCAGGGGAGGAGGCAUCUAAGAGUGGGAAGGAAGAGGGCAACACUGCUGAACAGAAUUCAGUGAGUGAGACUAAGAAGGAUGCGGGUGAUUCUCCAGCCACCAAACCUACGUCUUCUGAGGGCUCAGAGGAACCAAAGGCUGCAGUGUAGACUUGGUGUGAAGUCAGGAACUUUCCAGAGCAUCUGCCUCCUUGCAGCUUCACAGCCCUUUCAAAUAAAUUAUACUUUUUUUUAGCAGUUAAUUAAGCGGUUAAGCAGUAACAUCAGUUUCCUUGAUGUUAAACAGCUGUGCACAGGAGUUGGCAUCUGAAGAGAUAAGGUUUGACUUUCAUUUUAGGGGCUUAUAAAGACUACUACUGUUUCUUAUAUUUUUUUUAACUGAAGAAAACUAUUACUAGAGUAAAUCUCUUUUUUAUAAUAUGUAAAUGAAUAAACAAAAUCAACAAGGAGAAUAUUGUAAAAAUGGGAAGAGAGAGAUACUGUCAAACAAUAUUAAAAAAUAAAGAGCUGGAGUUCAAGAGCUUUAAUAUAAAGAGAGACACAAAUAUGCCAGUAUGUGACAUUAAAAAAGUCAGAUAUUGGCCAAAUAAAUAUAGAUGUAAAUAUACCAGUUAAUCGGUCCAACCCUAGAAGAGAUAUUUUGCAUUAUGCUUGUAUUUGAGUUUCAGUCUGUGUUCUAAGUUAAGCAGUUGUGUACAGGAGUUGGCAUCUGAACAAAUGCUUUGUGUUAUGUUUGCAUUCGAAUUUGAGACAUUGCUGCAACAUCUGUCAAACAACACUGGACAUUUUCAUUGUCUAGAAGCUAAUAGUUGACGUUUGGCUGUAUGUUUUUGUUGUAUUAUUAA